UGAAGGAUGAACUGUCCCACCAGAAACAGCAACAGCAGCCGAAGGCUCCAGGACAGACCUGGUAUCAGAGGAGAACCCAGAAAUUUCUGGUCGGCAUCGCAAAAACCUGAGCCGCGAGCUGCAGCUUCUCCCCUACAUGAUCACCCUUGGAGAUGCCCUUCACAAUUUUGCAGAUGGUUUGACGGUGGGCGCCGCCUUUACUUCCUCGUGGAAAACAGGUCUGGCUACCUCCCUGGCUGUACUGUGCCAUGAGGUGCCCCAUGAACUCGGGGACUUUGGCGCCCUGCUCCACGCAGGGCUGUCAGUGCGUCGUGCCAUGCUGCUGAACGUGGUCUCGAGCUUGACAGCUUUUGCUGGGCUCUACGUGGCUCUGGGCAUCGGGUCCAACGAGGAAAGUGAGAUCUGGAUCCUCGCGGUGGCCAUUGGGCUCUUCCUCUAUGUGGCUCUCUGUGACAUGCUGCCAUCAAUGAUGAACGUGAAGGACAAGAGACCCUGGCUGCUCUUCUUCCUGCACAAUCUGGGGCUCCUAAGUGGCUGGGCCAUCCUGCUGGUGCUAUCCCUGUAUGAGGAGAACAUCACCUUCUGAUCCCUCGCUCACCUCGUUGGCUACCUGACUGACAUCUGACCCUUCACUGUCCACCCUCUACUCUCCAUCUCUGAACUGGGCUCAGCAUAGCGCUCUGGCCUCUGACUUCUGACCCCUCCUGUCAACUUGUGUAAUGCACUAGACACUUCUCUGGGAUGCUCUUUGAUAAUUCCUGAGUUGGGGUGCCCCUAGGUGCCCUCCCCACCCCCAUUACCCUCUGGAUCUUUUGAGAUCCUUUCAUUAGGGCCUGAGAAUUUCUACAAAAUACUUUUAACACAGUCUAAAAUGCAUACAUAACUUCCACCAAAAGGGUGAGGAGGGGCUCGUCUCUCACUAUUCCCCAUCCCCACGGCUUUCUAAUCUCCAGUGAUUUCAUGGUCCUAGAUAUCAGUUUCAUGGAACUCAUUCCCUCGGGCCUCUGGGAGUUCCUGCUGCACCUUUUGUGCUAGACACAGGGGAGCUGGUAGCCCAGAGUGAGUUCCAGAAGAUUUGCAAACCUAUUUUUUUUCCCUUUUUCUCGGCUGCUGCAGUGGGAAGGAGGGGAAGAAAGAAAGGAAAGAGGGACUCCAGUGUGGAAGGGGAGCAGGAUAGGGUUCUGGGAAGAUAUUGGAUGUCUGUACAAAGUGGAGAGCUUUCUGCUUAGCUAGAAAUGGGACAAGAUGUCCUGGCUCUUCCCUUUGACAGUAUAAUUCUCUGAGAUAUUUUGAGACUCGAUUAGAGAAUUUUAUCUAGAAUGGUUGUGGUCUUUGCCAUAUCUCACAGAUAGCAUCCUUCCCUACAGUUGCCCUAAUGUGGAGGGCAAAGCUAGGGAUGUUCUCCCAGUGUGCGGAGAUGAAGUGCCACUGUGAUGGGAAGACUGUAACCCACAUUUCCUAGAUCCUAGUAAAAAAGGGAGUAAAAUUGUGUGUGUGUGUGUGUGUGUGUGUGUGUGUGUGUGUGUGUGAAGGAUGGCUAGAGAAGUAAUUAUAUAAGAGAUUUUCUGAACAUGUCAGAGAUCUGAAGUUAGAUAAAAGGAUUCUAUGGUGAAAUAAUAGUAUAUGGGUUUAUGAAACUUUUCUAUGUCCUGCAUUCCUUUGGCAGUUUGAUGAUGCCAAAGGACCCCUUAGAAUAAUGUUUUAAAAUGUAUAAAAUAAAAUAUAUAAAAUGAUAAAGAAACUCAAUUAUGUUCAAAUAUAGUAGUUUAACUUUUUUUAAAAAAAAUUUGUGAUUGUGAUUAUCUAGCAGGGUUCUAAUUGAACACAAUUUUAAAGUAGUAAUGAGCAUGAAUGAUAUUUGGAGAUAUUGGCAACACCUUUAAUGUGAUGUGAAAAUAUCUGUGAUUUCUGUUUAGUCAUAAGUACUGCUAAUUUCCUCUUGUUCUUUUGCCUACAUUCCCAAAUGUUCCAUACCAGAACUUAGUGAAAAUAAAGAUGUGAUUUUUCUCUUCA